GCCGCGCGGGCGCGCAAACUUGCAGACCCAGCGUACUUCAAGAUAAUCCUCAUGGAGAGCGAGGAACAGAAGCUCACCCGGAAGAUGACGACCGGCGUCGUUGGUCAGAAACCUAUGACGAAAGCCACAGGAGGAGCCAGCGAGGAGCGUCGACUUCGGGGCAGGUGGCCGAGAUAAACAAAAAAAAUGAAGCACAAAAACAAAACGCAGUCAAUACCUGUAUGGAGUUCUCAAAUGUUACAUUCUCAACUGUUACAUGAAUUUGUAAUGCAAAUCAGCCAUGAAUAUCUACACGAUCAAGCUGCUUCGCAUGACAAGUUCGUGACUUGCUAGAUAGCAUGAGAAUCUACGCCAAACCUGUAAUGCAAAAGGCGCAACCUUCCCCCUUUCAAUUUUGCCACUCUUGCAUUACAAAUUGAUGUAACAGCUGAGAAUGUAACGUUUGAGAACGCCAUAACCUGGUCCGAGGAAAACAGCAGAGCUGUCGAGGACCAGCUUUCCCGGGCGGCUUUUGGGUCGACGGUAUCUUCGUCAGCCUUUGCUGCUACGCGGCAAAGUGGCACGCGCACCAGCAUGACAUCAUCACGACAGGGACAUUUGAUGCAAGAAGAUUUCAUCUUGUCGGGAGGAGCAAGUGAAAUAUCAAGUUCUUCACGUCAGACUCAGAAGUACCACAGGACACCUUCCUCUCGUCCUUCUGGAACAGACUCUUAUUAUCUUGGAGAAGAACUGGAAAAUGAUCAGGCCGCUAAAGUCGACGAGACCGGACAAGAGGUUGAUGCGAUGUUUCAGCCGGCCGACGUUUCAGCCGGCACGAACUACUUCGUUGAAGAGGACAACUUCAACUCAGGGACGAAGAUAAAUAAUGUUGGUCCAAUUAUGCAGCAAGAAGAACUCGGACUCGGCGGUCCACCACGGGUAAAAAUACCAGAAAAUCAGUCUCGGUCCUCCGGUGAGACUAGGACUGUAUCAACAUCUGUGGAGGAGGAGCAACAAGAACGCGGCCAUGACUAUGUUCAUGAUCAUGCCGGUGUUGUAGCUGCUGUGUCACACGACCUACAAGAGCAAGGUACAGGAACUAGCUCUGGAAGAGCAUCGGAGCUCGAAGAACGAGACCACCAAGAUGAGACGUCACUGGGACGACAAGAACCACAGGCGCAUGAUCACGAGGUGCCAGGGGGUGCAGUUCUUGAAGCAGGUUCGUCAUCGUUCGGAACUCGUACAGCACAGCAAGAUGAACUAUCCACAGAAAAAACCCAUCCACAUCCAUUUUUUGCAUGACAAACACAGGAUUUUAUGUAUGUUUUGCAUGACAAAUUGGAUGUGGAUGGGUGUUUUUUCCUGGAUAUGAACUACAUCAGCAGAAAUUCGUCGACCCUGACCUUUUCAACUCGGACGAUUCUUCGCACCGCAUCCCCGAAAUCAAGAAAAUGGCGCUCAGCGGUAUGACCCGCUCAGACGUUACAAUCUCAACUGUUACAAUAGAAUCUGGAUUUUGUGAUGCAAGAACUGCAUGAUCUACCCAAUUCGCACAGGAUUGCGCAUGACAAGUUCUGGAGUUCCGCACCGCACUGGAAUCUGACGAGAUUUGUAUUGCGAAAAGCGCAAGACUCUGUACGUUCGUCAUGCUCUUCAUGCAAGGCAAAUUCAAGAUUCUAUUGUAACGUUUGAGAUUGUAACGUCUAAGCGGCUUAUAAGUGGCAGAAUCACGGAGCUGCACGACGUGAUCCAAACCGUGCACACUUUUGCGAAACAUAACUACUACGACCACGCUUUGUUCUCCCACUUUUCCGAGCAUUGUUUGCAAAAGGAGCUGUGGCGGUGUUCCUGGGACGAACUGGUGCAAAUCACCUGGAGCUACGCAACGAACCGGGAAUACGAUGAGAAGCUGUUCGUCCGUGUGGCCGAGAUCAUGCUGCGGAAGAUCGACCGCGCGAACCCGACCCAGGUGAUCCGGUGCGUGUCCGCGUUCACGCGGUUGAAUUUCCGGGACGACAGAGUGCUCUACGUGAUGGGCCGCCGGAUCAGGAAGUGCCUCAAGGAAGACCAAACCUCGUUGGUCGUGCAACAGCGGGAAGUAUUAAAUGCAAAUGUGUCUGGGUCUGGAAGAUUGAUUCUAAACUUGUGAUGCUGUCUAUGUCUUUGGAUCCGAAAAAAAUUUGUGUUGCAUGAGCAGCAAGAGGGCUGCAGUUUGUGCUACGCGCAGACGGCAUUUCUCAUGCGGAAUAUGCAUUAGGAUGCCCUCUAAAAAUCUGUGAUGCUAGUGCAUGCAUUACAGACAUCAUGGGCCAUGCAAAAUAUGCAUGACAAACCUGGCAAUCCCAAUCUUCCAGACCCAGACAUAUUUGCAGUUCAUAGGAAGCCGGGGGCUUUCUCGACCGGUUCGCCACGCAUGAGUCGAAAUUCUACCCGAGCCGCUUCUUCGAGCCCUGCGCCGCGUCCUUUCCCGCGUUUUGCCAACUACUGGAGAUCUACGCGCGGACGAGUUACGUCGAUGCGCCCGCGUUGACGCGGGUCUUCCGGUAUUUGAUAGAGGAGAAGCCUAUGAAAUGCAAAAGCAACGUACUAGUAUAAAUCGCAUGACAAAUGCAAAUCUCUUCAGUAUGAGAAAUGAAAUUUGUAAUGCGGAUUCAACUUGAGAAAGAAACUUGUAAUGCUAGUGCAUGAAUGCGAUUAGUACGACUACGAUAUUACUUUUGCACAGGAUAAAGCCCCGAAUGUGGGUCGAAUCUCGGGCAAACAUAGGACGAUUCGCCUACUACUGCCACUGGCUGGGUGUGUGGCACGAUGGGUAUUUGGGGUACUUGAAAAAGGAGUUUCUCUACUCCUCGGAGUUUGAAGACGAAGUGGCGUUGUUUGACGCGGCAACAAGACCAGAGAUAGGACGGGAAAAGAACGCCUACCUCGACAAGGAGGACAAAACGAAAGGCGGACUGCAGUUGCACCGAUUGCGGGAGAAAAGGGUCGAAUGGAGAAAGCAGAUGGAGAUGGAAGCGAACGAAACGAAAGAACAACAAGAAUGUGUUGAAGUGGAAGACAUUUUGACCAGCACGAGCACCAAAAAUCUACAGCUUUCCGCAGUCGUCGUCCCAAGUUCUACUUGUACUAGCACUUCUACUAAAUCCGUCCCUCCCAGCUUUCCGUGCUUCGCGGAAACGCACAAACCGGACGCUAUGAUCAAAGAGGACAACUUGUCUGCGCUGAUCAUUUAUCCAAUGCAAAGAUGUCUGGGUCUGGAAGAGCGGAAGUUUGCCAUGCUCGUCUUACAUGACUCCCAACUCUGUGAUGCGUGAGCAGGAAAGAACCCUUUUGCCUGUCAUGCAAGAAGGCAGGCUCUGCUCAUGCGGAAAAUGAAACACAAAACAGCUCAAAAAGUUGCCAUGCUUGACUGCUGCAUAUUGCAGUGCGUCCACCGUUACCAAACUAGCAUAACAAGUUUCCAGACCCAGACAUAUUUGCAACGCAUAUCAUUUCCCGCGCUACAACUCUAGCUUUCAGUCUCUACGGGCACACAGACCUGGGGUUUCUGAACCGGUUGCUGACCAUUUGGAAUAGUGACUGCGACGAGAUUUUUGAAAAAGACGAUGGUACUACUGCCAACGACGAAGGAUGCAGCAGCAGCAGCAGCAGUAUCACCAGCAGAACAUCCACAUCCAAACCAAGUCCUUUCAAGCUCGAGGACAAAACAGAAGAGAUGACGCAGAACUUUGCGAGCAGACGGUUCUGCACGGCACUGGUGAGCUGCAGAUUUUUCGUGCCUCAGAGAAGCUUGCUCCGAUGCUUUUUCCACGGAUUUUCGCUGCGGAAUUUGAGAAAUCUGAUGCCGGAUUUGUAUUGCAGCCCCACCAGCGGAACCACGGACGGCCCCCGCGGCCAAGCGGGUCAACAAUUAUCGCCCGCGGAAGACUUCUCUAAUACGACUUCGGCUCGUCCUCAGAGCCACAAGACCUUCUUGACCCAGAUCACCGUCGGACCGCAGGAAAUCCUGGCCACUGUACCAAAACCUGAUGACAACGUGGGGAAUAGCUCCGUUUUGCACGAUAUGAACUGCAAAAUUAUCGUACUCGUAGGAAUUGCGGUUAUGCAUGACAAAUCUCUUUCCUAAGGUAAAACAGCAUAACAAAUUUUAUUUGUAGUGCUGAGCCAAUUUGUAAUGCAAUUCAUACCAGUGCGAUGCUUUUGCAUUCAAUACACGAGGAGGUCUCUGCUGCAGUGGAAAGCGUCUACAAAAUGCCAGUGGUGGUGAUGCCGCAGGGGAAAGGUAGAAAAGGAAAUGAAAAACAACUACAUGAUCAUGCAGAACCAGAACCGUGGAAGAAAUUCGAGCGGUUUUGCGGCUUGUACUUCGUAGACACGGUUUUGCCGCCGGGAGGGAAGGUUUUGAAAGCGAGUGCGACACCCGGUUCAGGUUGUGUUGAAAUCAACGAAAUCUAACGAAAAGUGAACUACCCUGAAAGGUGAGUUUUGAGUCCAUGUACUACUACAUCGGAUCACAAACAUCACACAUAUGAAGACGUCGAGCUGCUUUUGCUUUGUGCUUUUCGAAAUGUAAAUCGAAUAUGAAGAUGCUGGGUGAGAAAAUCUAAUGAGCAAGACACAGAGAAGGAGCACGAACACCAACAGCAACACCCAAAUGCCCGUGCGUGCAGAGCCGCACUGGGAUUCGGAACGAAUCUACGUCGGGGCCUUUCUCUUCCCACCCACUCUGUGGGUGCAGG